AUGCGAAACCCCCAUGCUCUUAUCCUACACCCUUCAUGGCUAUUCCCAUGCCUCACGUCCCUCUCAUCAUCCAGGAGUCUACAGCAGUUCAUGGCAUUCACUGGGGACUUGUCCUCCCUGCAUGUUCUUUCUCACCUGAGAAAGCUCCAGCAGCUGGAGCUCAUCGAGUUCACCAACGCCACAGGGGAGAUUCCCCGAGAGAUUCAAUACAUGACUGCCCUCACUGCUCUGGAUCUAGCCUUCCUUCCUGCUGUGGAGUUCCCCAACUGGGUCACCCAGCUCUUCAAGCUUCAGUAUCUGAACCUGGAAACGGACGAUCCACACCGGCAGGGGCGACUGCUGAAUGACGACAUCUCAGAGCUCACAGCACUCACCGCCCUGUCCCUCAGCGGAAACAACCUGGAAGGGUACCUGCCCAAGACCUGGACCAACCUGGUCAAUCUGCAGUCGCUGCUAUUAAGAAACAAUCGGUUUCAAGGAACCAUUUCAACAACAUUCUCAGCCCUGACAAGCCUAACUGAAAUAGACCUUUCAGGGAAUCAUCUGUCUGGUACAAUCCCCCCUGCCUUCGCCACCAGCAUCCAGUCAAU